CACGUGAGUGCAGUGUCAGUGGGAGGGGACCUGCAGCACUCUCUGAACGUGGUUCUGAUUUCAGACGGUGUGAAGUCACUUACCGGCACCCGCGACUCCACCACAUCACCAGCAUCUGUAAACUACUGUAACCAUGAAGAUCUGGGUGUCAGAGCACGUAUUCAACCAUCCUUGGGAGACGGUGACCAAGGCUGCCAUGCAGAAGUAUCCCAACCCCAUGAAUCCCAGUGUGAUCGGUGUGGAUGUUUUGGACAGAGACCUCGACAAACAGGGACGGCUCCACAGUAAAAGACUGCUCAGCACAGAGUGGGGUCUUCCAUCCAUAGUGAAAUCUAUCAUUGGCAUCUCACGAUCAUACACAUAUAUUCAGGAGCAGUCGGUUGUCGAUCCCAUAGAGAAGACUUUCGAACUUCAGUCCUCAAAUAUCACCUUUACCAACCUGGUGUCUGUGGACGAAAAGUUAACCUACAAACCCCACCCUGAGGAUAAAGACAAAACAAUACUGACUCAGGAGGCGAUCAUUUCUGUGAAAGGAGUCAGUCUCAGCAGUUACUUGGAGGGAGUUAUGGCCAGUUCAAUCUCUGCUAACGCUGGAAAGGGCCGUGAAGCCAUGGAGUGGGUAAUCAUGCGACUGAAUACAGAGAUCGAGGAGCUGACAGCCACAGCCCGGGGGACCAUACGGCCCCCCAUGGCCGCUGCGGUCACUGAGAAAUGACAACCGACUCUCUAUUUUCCAGCAGAGUCAGAGAGAAACUGCAUGACAAUACAACCAGCCUUUUAUGGUGCUCUGAUUCUGUUUUGGUGCUCUGGAAUCAUACUAGGGUACAAUUCAUCUAUCUCAUAUACAUUUUACUAUCUACAUUAGAUAUAUUUUGAAUAGCUUACUGCAACUUAAAGUGAUUAUUUUGUGUGUCACUGGGCAAUGUUGCCUGGCAGGACCGCAUCUAUGAGAGACUCGAUCAAGGACAUGUUUAAACACCACUGUUAUCUGUGGGUUUGAGGACCUUUAGCAAAGAACUACAUGAAGCACUGGAUGAACUGAAAACACAAGAAAAGUGCCAAAGAAGCACUCACACUGCUCUUGGUCCAGCACACAGCCAGCUGAGUUUUCACCUGGCAAAGGUCUCCUCUGGUAUGAACUCUGUUUUAACCCCAACAGCUACAAGAAAACACUUAUGAUGAAGAAAAACUGUUAUGGUGAGAUGUGUAGAAAGGACUCUGAAGUAUACACCUGUCAAGAGACCAUGGCACAAAAACAAUGCCUUGUUGAGUCAGGAGUCAUGUGCAAUGAAUGUCAAGGGUCCAUGGAAAUGGUUUCUGGUGUCAGAGAGUGGAGUUUGUCCAUGUGAUCAUUGACAAUGUGAAGUCAAUUAAGUGUUUCCACGUCAGGUUUAUUUUUGUAACAGCCAUCUCCUAAAAAAACACUUUCUUUCGGGACCUCAUUUUAACAAGACACUGCACCAGGCGACGUACGUAAGCCUGAAUAUGAACUGUGUGUUUUAUGUGUUAACUAAUGUUGUUAUAAAGGUAUUUAAGUUAAAUAAAGGGAUCAAGGUAUUUGCCAUAUUUAUGUUUUUGAAGUAAUGUAUAAGACCUUUUCAAAUGGUGGAUUAGUAUAACUUUUGAUAUGAAUCACUUGGAUGUGUGGAGACGGUACAGUACAAACUUACGAGUUACAGAUUCACUGUACUUGAAUGUGUUAGCUAAACUCAAACAGUUUGAUCAAUAUGCACCAGACUACUUUAAGCUAAGACUUUUGCAUUGACUUGUAUUAUAACAUUUUAACAAAGAAAAGCUGCUACACAUGCUAACUGAUCUGUGAAUGAUAUCACUGUUUGAAUUUGAGAAGGUCUUUCUUUAUGUAACAGACAGCAGUGUGGUGAUGGUGAAAGAUUUACUUUCUUUAACAUAAUAUCCAUAAAUAUAUAUUUUUUACCUGUAAUGGGAAUAUUUAUUUAGAAAAAUGGUUGUUUUGAGGUUUUAUUUGCGACUUGGGUUGAACAUUAAGAAAUGUUACAUUGCAUGCUCUGUUAGAAAAUGUUAAUUUAUUUUGUGACUGCAAUAAGAAACGGUGUCACCAACUGCAGAAUGUGUCAAUAAAUUACAAUAUUCAAACUUGUUUAUUAAAAGAUCUCUGCCAGUAAUUACGUCAUAAAAAAAACAGCUUGUUGUUCAAAAUAAAUAAAUCAGAUCAUUUAAGAAGAA